AUGCGCGCAACCACCCUCCUCACCUCGGGCCUUGCCCAAAGCGCUCUUGCAGCAAGAGUCUUCCUCAACGAACCUGAUACUGGCAUCGAACAGGCUCUUCCGGACCUGCAACCAGGAGAGCUGCCCAGUUUGGACGCCAUGAUCGGUCUGCCGGAUUUCGACUUCGCUGCGAGAAACUAUCUGCCUAUCAAGAACUACACCUACUACAGAAACGGAGCAGCGGGCGAGUGGUCGUACCGGAAUAACCUCGAGGUGUAUCAACGGUAUCGCUUCAACCCGCGCGUGAUGGUUGACAUUACAAACGUCGAGAACACGCUCCCAACCACCAUUUUGGGACACAACUUCUCUGCUCCUUUCUUCAUCGGACCUGCUGCUCGCGGUGAUUUGGGUCAUCCCUUGGCUGAGCUCAACCUCAUCCGAGCGGCAGCUGCGGAGAACAUUCUCUACGUGCCCUCUCUCCUGUCGUCGAAGUCAAUGGAAGACAUCGCCGCCGCCAAGGCGAAUGGACAAGUGCACUUCCAGCAGCUUUAUCUCCAGGAUAACAUGACGGAGACCCAGAAGGUCCUUGAUCGAAUCGAGAUGGCUGGCGCCAAGGCCAUCGGCUUCAGUGUCGACUCCGCGGCCGACGGAAACCGUCACCGUGCUGCUCGCUUCGACGUUGGCUCCGCUGACUCUGGCUGGUCUCUCAUCACUUGGGAUGUUUACCACCAGCUCACAAACAUGACUUCCCUUCCCAUCGUUCUCAAGGGAGUCAUGAGCGUCGAAGAUGCCCAGGCGGCCAUUGAGCAUGGUGUUCCGGGUAUUUGGCUGUCUAACCACGGCGGCCGUCAGCUCGAUGGUGCCCCCUCGGCCUUGGAGGUUGCCCUUGACAUCUACAACACCGAUCCCGAGAUAUUCAACAAGAUCGAAGUCUACGCUGAUGGCGGCGUUCGCUAUGGGGCUGAUGUUUUGAAGCUGCUGUCCCUCGGCGUUAAGGCUGUUGGCCUUUCCCGCUCUUUCAUGUUCGCCAAUGUUUACGGCCAAGAAGGCGUUGAGAAGGCCAUUCAAAUCAUGAAGCACGAGAUUGCGAUUGAUGCUGGCAACUUGGGCGUCGGCGAUUUGAAGAAGAUUGAUCCCAGCUACGUCAAGUGGACGCCUGAUCACUGGCAGGGUUAG